AUGGCUCCACCAAACAGGAACAAAACCAGAAGAAACGAGCAAGAUCGGAAGAGAAAGUACAUCACCGAAGUGAGCUAUUCUUAAUACUAGAUACAAAAUCCAACAUACUGCUUUCUUCAGCAUCCUGAUGUCAAUUACAUUGGUGAAGAAGUGGACAGAUCGGAGAUUCCCGCAACAGCUUAUUACGAACACACUGACAGGAACGUUAUAGGAGUGGUAUCGGAUGUCUUUCAAAAGGCAGUAGACGAAGGGAAAAAGAAAAAGAAUGAGGUGCUAGAAAAGUGAAUAGGAAGUGAAAACGAAUGAGGCUAUUUUCAGAUUUGUUGUAAUUGUAAGAAAUCGUGUGCUACAAACAGGGAUUGUGCGUGCAGAAAAUUAUCGAUUCAGCUGGCAAGCCUCAACAGCAAUAGAGAGAGAAUUGUAAGUUGUACUACGGAAAACAGAAAAAACUGAGUGAUUUACUGCAGCGGGGAAAAAUUCCGAUACAAGUGACGAAGGAAAUGAACAAAGCUCACGAGCAGUUGUACUUCAGUUGCGGACCAAAGUAAGUAUGCCCAUUUCGGGAGGAGGGGCGAGGAAGGAGAAAGUCUAGUGUGUUCGAGAGUAUACACAAGAGAGCGCUUCAAAAAAAUUGAAAAAGGAGAACGAUACGGUUUUUCUGAAAACUGACCUGAUUCUUCACAAACUGCCUGCCCAAACGAUUGAAUCCGACUCGGAGAGUGUCAGAUAUUGGAGUAACGCCUGAAAUUGGAAUAAAUGAGCGAAUGUAACGGUUUCUGUGUGUGAAAGGUGCAGUGAUUAGAUGGCAGGCGAUGAUUGUUGGCAAAACGAAACUGUGAUGAUUCAAUGUCGAAACCAGACCAGAAAAGAUAGUUUGAAAGAAGCCCAAAUUAUUGUAUCCCGGAAUGUUUUUUGGGACCCGGAAACGGAAAUUGAACCAAGUGAUCUAGUGAAUUUGGAAGGGGAUAAGAUUUGAAUUAUUCAAAGUAUUCCAAAUCCUCAGAACACAUUUUUAAGUUUUCAGAUGCGCUUGCGACAAGCGCAUAUGCAGUAUGAAUGUUGCCGAAACGGAUAAGAGAGUGUUCGACUGCAAUCUCGUUGAAAACAAAGGACGUAUAAUCCAGGCCAAACAAGCUUUCAAGACAGGUAACUGAUUCUAGUAAUAAUUCUUUUGAGUGACACUGAUUUCCAGGCCACCCCGUCGCAGCCUUCAAUGGAUCGUUCGAAAGAGAAGAAGAAAUCGUAAAAUGCAUGGACAGUCAGCAAUACUCCUUCCGCUUGAUGGACAAGUUGCAACAUCCAAAGUUAUGGGAGAGACUGACAUGUGUCAGCCCCGAAUACAAGGAUACGUUGCUUGUUAGUGAUUUCAAUUUGUUCGUAGUAAGCAUUGCAUCGCAUUCAGAAAGCAUAUAUGGAAAAGACGUUCAUCAAUCCGCUGCACAUUGGCAACUGCACUCGCUUCCUCUCUCACUGCUGCAAGCCAAAUCUGAUCCCACUCUGGUAAACUAUAAAAGUUAAUCUUCGAAAUGUUCCGAUUUUUUAGUGUUUUCGAAGGAGGAGUUGCCCCUCAGAACAUACGGCUCGUAUUCUACGCUCUCAAAGAUAUUGCGAUCGGGGAAGAAUUAACGUUUGAUUAUGGAGAGACUUACCUUAAUGAGCAUCUGCGUGUCUGCAUGUGCGACUACUGCAUCGACAAGAGACAAAGGGCAGCAGAAGCAAAACGUCGCGCAGAAACACUGAAACAGUUGGACGAACAAAAGAAAGAGCUUCAAAACCAGCAGCGCGCAGAGAGAUGUCGCACUCGCGCAAAGAGUGCAGCGAGUCCGUCCGGAGUGGACGAAAACGUUGAAAUUGACAACGGUGAUGCACUGGUGCCAGUUUCAAAUGAGGAGAACAGGCAGAUUGUUCCUCGCGCUGCUCCAAAGAUCAAGAUAGAAGUUAUCGAUGAGGACGAGCCCACCGCUCCUCAGCCUUCUACAUCGACUUCAGGACGUACCAAUCUGAUCAAAGCUGAAGUUGUUGUGGAAGAGGAACAAGUGAUUCACGUACCGAAUCCAUCUCGUCACCCGAUACCGCAAAUUAAAAUCGAGCCAAUUUCUCGUGAGUCGUCUCCACAUCCCGUAGCUGAUGACGGCGAAGAUAUUUGCGCAAGAGGUGUUGGACACCAGGUAUCGCCUAUCAACAAUCAUCGUUUGAACGGAGAAGACACGGAGGAUGAAGACGAAGAUGUCCCAGUCAACCAGGAAGUCGCGAAGCCGCGCAGAGAACGUCCACCAAAGAGAAAGGCGAAUCCAGUGGCACAAGUGUCGCCUAUUCGUCGUGUUCGCAUUGUGGAGCCAGUGCCAGUUGAUCUUCCCGACGUGUCCAACCAGCGACGUCACGGAAUGGCUCUCCGUGACAGGAGCAAAAUCGUCGCUCCAGCUUACCUCCGAUCGGAAUCACCGACCCGUUCAUCUCGUUCUCGUUCCACUGCCAGGUCUACGCCGAGACCGACCAACAGAGCCCGAUCCUGCGGCAGAAGUCAGACUGUCGUUGCGCGGUCGCCGUGUACAACUCUUAGAAGUUCGAUCCAGUUCAUGAGAACACCUGUCGUCGUCGUCGAGGUCGAGAAUUCCGUCCGCCGAUCCAAUCGCAUUCGGAGCCGUCCGCCUGGAAACUAG